ACAUUCAACCAUCUCACUACAAAAAUCAAGCAUGGGCAAACAGAAAUCCUCCUCAAAGCCUUCAUCUUCCAGAGGGAGGGGAAGCAGAAGAGGUGCUCAACGCGGUGGUAGACAUCCUCAAUCUCGAACAUCCGAAGGUCAAAGCGCAUACGAAACUGGAUUCAACGAAAUCCGACCAGAUAGUGCAAUCGACAACGGCGAAGCUCAGGAUGAUAAUCAGGACGCCGACGAAACGCCGCAAAGGGUCAAGAUCGAGGUCCCAGUUGCCAUGUGGGACUUUGACCACUGCGAUCCACGUCGCUGUUCAGGAAAGAAGCUCUCCAGGUUGGGUUUGAUCAAGGAACUCAAAGUGGGAUCACGGUUCCGCGGGAUUGUCGUUUCACCGAAAGCUACCUCGAUCAUAAGUCCAGCUGACAGAGAGAUCGUGCAAGCCAACGGCCUCGCCGUCGUCGAGUGUUCGUGGGCCAAACUCGAUGACGUCCCGUUCUCAAAAAUAGCUAGCCCGCAUGAACGUCUCUUGCCAUAUCUAAUGGCCACGAAUCCCACAAACUAUGGAAAACCUUGGCGUCUCAAUUGCGUCGAAGCUCUCGCCGCUGCAUUUUAUAUCACGGGCUUUGACGAGUAUGCAGAGACUUUGUUAAGUGGGUUUGGAUGGGGCGGGUCGUUUUAUAAAGUCAAUCGAGUCUACCUCGAGCGAUACAAAAUGUGCACAUCAAGCGCAGAUAUCAGCACCGUCCAGGAGACCAUUAUCCAAGAACUGGAGGCGAGCUAUGAAGAGUCACGACGGGGAAAAGGUACGUUUUCUUUUUGUCGCCGGUGCUGGCAACCAUUGGUGCUAAGCUAA